AUGCCAUCUGCACAGUGCACUGCACGGUGCACACAAAAGCGGGCGUUCACACCCUCCCUCCUAGCGGACACGGAGCAGACACUGGCACAGCUGCGCAAGUACCUGCCAACUGGUGCCGACCUGCCUGCCCUCUCUCCUCUCACCUCUAUCCACAUCUCCCCAUCUCUCCCCACCCCUCCUCACCUCUCUUCCCCACCACAGGACAGGGAGCAGACACUGGCACAGCUGCGCAAGUACCUUCCUACUGGUGCCGACCUGCCUGCCCUUGCGCCUCCCGACGAAGCCACUGCAGCAACGAUCCCUUCACCCAUUCCCUCUCCCUCACCCGCUGCUGCUGCUGCUGCUGCUCCUGCUGCUGCCCCUUCCGCCCCUGCUGCUGCCACUCCUGCUGCUACCACUGCUUCCCCUGCUGUUGCCGCUCCUGCUGCUCCCCCUGCUGCCCCCCCUGCUGCCCCUGCUGCCCCCCCUGCUGCCCCUGCUGCUGCCUCUGUUGCUGCCCCUGCUCCUCCUGUGGCUGCCGCACCUACUGCAACCAAGGCUGAGUCAGCAAAGGCGGAGUCUGAGUCAGCAGUAUCCGACUUGCCAUAUGCCAAUCGCCCUCUCUCCCCUUACGCCCUGUAUCCGGACCUUAAGCCUCCCACCUCUCCAUGCCCUUCCCCCCCCACCUCCAAUGCUGCCACUGAUGCCGAGCCUCCUGCCAAGCCUGCUGCCAGACAUGUUGCAGUGGCUGCUAUCUCAACCCUACUAUCCUCCCUCCCUCCUCCUGCCGCCACUCCUCCCUGCCCUCACUCAUCCCUGCCCUCACUCAUCCCUGCCCUCACUCAUCCCUGCCCUCACUCAUCCCUGCCCUCACUCAUCCCUGCCCUCACUCCUCCCUUCCCUUGCUCAACCAUCAUCCCCUCUCUCCUCCACUCCUAA